AGGUCAUGACGCGGCGCCAAUGACGUCACUUCGCGGGUGGAGGGUGCGACAACCUACUGGGGUAGCUGCCCCCCAGUGAAAGUCGGCGUCAGUACGGUUUUAGACGAGAUUCAGACUGCACGUUAUAACACUAAAAGAAUCUACUGGCGAUGCACGAAAGCUGCUAAAAAUAGCCGGGGUUCGCGCGCUCACGUCGCCCGCAACCGGCACCCAUUUUUACUACCCAUACUAUUUCUGUCUAAAAAGUAUUAACAAUUUGUAUGAAAACAAAUUACAUGGACUCCUUCCCAGACAAUGAAAAAAGUUCGCAAAAAACGAAUAGUCGCAAAGCGACAGUGAAUCUAGUGUUGUUUUAGUGCUUUCUUCGUCUGUACUUCUUCAUUAACAGGGAAUACAUGUAAAAAUGGCGCUUGUUAUGUUACCCUGUGACCUUCCGUGGUGGACUUCCGUUCAACGUCACUUGAAACAUUUGCUCGUAGCUUCAUCCCCCGCAAAACUAACGGCCAGUAUGCUCAAGAUUCACGAUAUGUGCAACAUUGGAAUAGAUCCUGAUGACGACAUCAAAGAUCCCGACCUUUUAAAAUGUUUGGAGCAAUUUUUAGAUCAAGAAUUGGAUGAUGAGGAACGCAGGAAUUUUUUGGAUAACACAAUAAGAAUUAUGGUGAAUAGAGCACUGCAUCUUAAGAAGUGGCGUCCACCGAAAGGACUUAUGUUUAGUCUACAACAACAAAGUGAUGUUACAGAGCUCGAUUAUAAUUUUCUGUCCUCUCUUAUCGCUCACGCCUUUUUUUCAACGUUUCCGAAAAGAACGCUCAAAACACAUCCAACGUUACAAGACUUCAAUUUUACGCAUUUUUUUAAGAAUUUACACAGAAAAUCUCAACGGAGUAAAUUAAAAAGCCUAUUACACUAUUUUGAAUGGCUCGAUAAAAAUUCCAAUGAGGGGUCUAUUAAACUAAGUAGACAGGUAAUGACUUCAAAACAGUGGUUAACUAUAGAAGACUGGUUGGAGUGCACGCUUCCAUUAUGCAAGCUCAUGAUAAGACAUGAAGGUAGACCUGAGAGAUGUGAAAGCGACGAUGCGAUCAGAAUAUGCUUUGCUUCCAGCAGAAUAGGCGGAGAUGUGCUCGUGGAUGGUGAAUCCCAGGAAUCAUUAUCGAUGUUCAUGAUGCCUGAACUCCUGCCAGCGAUGCUGUCCGUAGAAGCGUUAGAAGACAACGAAGUUUUAAAAAUAGAGGGUGUUAGAAUGUUUAGUCGUAUAAGUGACAAAAAGUCAAAAUCUAACGUAGAAUUACUUAAUAAACCCAAAACGGUAACUGUCUGUUUAAUGGACGCAGAAGAUUAUAGUGCUCUUCCUUUAGGACAAUGGGAAGAAGACAACGUUUUAAGAGAAUUGAAUAAAAGCCUUUUAGCCUUUCAACAAUCUCCGACGAAGUGUCGUGACAAUCAGAAACAUGAACGAAGAUUAUCACCAAUCGGAGAAUCCUUUAGUCACACACCACCAGAAGUAGAGGCAACAGUAAUGAUAAAACAAGCGUCUUCCUGCAGUACAAUAAAUAGUAUUAAUAGUAGAAGUCCGUCUCCGCAAAAUUACUGCGCAGCAACAUUGAAUCUAAACGAUCCAAGUGUUGAAUUACAAAAGAAGAAAUGUUGGUUGUCUCCUGACACCGAAACAUUAAACAACCGACGAGGCAGAUUUAUAGUGCUUGGGUCUUCAGGAGAAUGUUUGCCUGUAACUAGGACUUCCGGACUUCCUACUGCUGAAACUCAGGAGGAUAGCCUCUAUUCGAGUUGUAACUCAAGCGAUGAUGAAUAUCACAGUGCCAACAACAGCUUUGAUGAUGGUGGAAGUGAGGAUGAAGGACGAGGAGAAAGUGGCAGGCCGAAUUCGUUCCAAUAUUCAAAGGAAUUGUCCACCGAAGAGAGAAGAUUAAGUUUUGCUUCCCGUCUUCGAGAAGCACUUAAAAGAGAGGCUGAAAACUCCUGCACCACCAGUACUACGGGGGAUUGGUCCACCGACAGUUCUAGUUAUGCAGUUGGCGUUAGUAUUUCCGGCGCUGGUGUUAAUGAUAACGAUAUUAGGGUAAAACGUGGUGGCUCUGUCGGCUUUGUAUUAACUGAAGAAGAAACUUUAGAAAAUGGUAAUAAGCCAAUACGACGUUUACUAUCUAGGAAAGAAACUGGCAAUAGUUCUAAAUACAGUUUUAGUACUGAAUACACAUCUGAAUUAGAAGAAGUUUACGAACAAUUUAAUCAAUGGUUAAAUGACCCUAUUACAAAUAACGAAUCUGCCGAAAAUAAAAACCGUGAAUUAGACUCGAGGGAUUUAGCAGUUAUUCGGUUUGCUGGAUCACUACUGAAGCGAACGCUAAGUGAAUCAAUGGCGAGUGGUGCUGCUGGAGUAGGAGCUGCAGGAGCUGAAGCAGCGGAAUUAUACGGAAGAGACACUCGGGAAAGGAUAGCCCCUCGGAGACUAGCCCUGGCAGCACGAUCUUUGUCACUAGAGCUGGCGCGACAUCGACAUCGUCUUGCUGCACAUUUGAGACGUAAAGUAAAAGAAUCGAUACCAGAGGAGAUAAUACAGAAUAAGGAAAUGGAAAAUGCAAUUACACAGACAGACUUAAAUAGUAAUUGCUCAAGAUCUUUUAGUUCCUCAACAGAGACGACUGCUACUCAAAUAUCAAAUCCUAGUGUUAGAAAGAAAAAACUCAAUUGGGUAGUAAACAUGAUUGUCGAAACAAUAGAAGAAACAGUCGAAUGUGAACCUGUUACGAUUAAAAUAAAGAAACCGAAGUUGAACGAGUUGGCUAACAAAAUAGUAUCCGGUGGAUCAUGCAAGCCGGUAGCGACUGGGAACUGGGGGUGUGGGCGGCGACAGCGCGGCCAUCCCCAGUUGAAGCUGUUGCUACAAUGGAUGGCGGCUAGCGUCGCAGGAGUUCCCGCAGUUUUCUAUUACACCUUUGGAAAUGAGAAAUUGUUUAAGCUGGAUACAUUAGUUAGGGUGCUAGUCGACCGGAAGUGGACAGUUGGACAACUUGCCCGGGCCGUCCUCAAAUUUUCGCGGCAAUUUCUCCAUGAACAUCAUGUAAUACCGGACAACCAUACACUUUUUGACGAACUUAUUGGUAUUGAAAAGAUACCGGAUGAUUUCUAAAGAUGUUUAUAAAAAUAUUUAUCGCCUCAAAUUAAUCACAUUAAGACACAAAACAGCCAUAUUUAGAUAAAUAAUAAUUUUUGAUGUGUUUGCAUGUAAAAUAUAAAAUAAAUUAAUUAUUUCAUUUAAAUUUAAUGCGAUUUAUAUGUAUGAUAUUAUGGUAAAUAUUGUAGUAUGAAUUAAAAAGAAAUAUUUAAAAAAAAGUUCUGUUACCGCAACGUGCGUAAACCUACAGUACCUACUGUGUCAAGUAUUUAAUACCUAUUUAAUAAAUUGUGAAGUAGAAAAGCGAUAGUACAUUUAUGGAAAUGCAUAAUGUGGUAAUUCCAUGUCAAUAUUUUGGAUUUAUCUGUUUAUGGUUUCGAUGCAUUUAUGAAUAUUAACGCCAUUACACCAAUACAUAUAAUUUAAUAAUAAAUAUUGGUUUUUGCAAACAUAAAUUAAAGGUACAUGAUAUUAAACUAUUGCAUAUUGUUAGCGUGUUCGUGCAAGUUAUAGAUAAUAAUACUUGUACUUAUACUCGGAAGCAAUAUUAAGUUUACCUCAAACUUAAGAUAUUUUUAUACAAAUAAUAAAUAGGUAUAUGAACUUAAAUGAUAGUACAUACAUAUGUAAAAUAUCGUCAUUGCAGUGCACGAUAAAUACUUUUGUAGCACAUUUAUAAGGAAUUUAAAGUCCUAACUGUUUAUCGCAAUUAUUGAAAAAUAAUUGAACAACAGUUGUUAAUCUGUAAUACUUACCAAAUUAAAGUUUGCGUGCACAGGUUUUUUAAAUAAACAAGGUAAACCGAGGAACGAUAAUUAUGUAUACAAAUGUACAGACUUCAUAUAAGGUCUUCCAUAGCAUGGUUCUCAAUGUGUCCAAACUUUAAUAAUUUUAUGUAAUCAUUUGUAAUACAAUGCAGAAUAAAUCAAUGCAUAUAAACAUUUUUAUUUAACCCAGUUCCUUUAUUAUUAUCUGAUAUCACUACUCAAUGUAUACAUUUAAAUUCAACACUGUACUCUUACCUCGAUUGCACUUCCAAUGUUAUGUACCAAAUAUAUAAAACUUUAUAAGCAUUAUAUUAAUUGGAAUUUAAACUUACCACUUCAUAACAUUUAAAGCUUUUCAAGCCAAGUGGAUUUCAUCCUGUAAAGAGCAGGUGCAUUUUUUUCACAUUUUUUUGGAUAGAAAUUCUAAACGAUUCUUAGAUGCUAAAAAUAAAGUUAAAACAAGACCAAUUUUCAUAUUUUACACCUUUUACGUUACUAUUUUUGUACUGGUGGCCUAUCAUGACAUCUUAGAGCAGGAGUAACUCCAAUAAUACCUGUAUUAGCUCAAUUCUUAAUUUGCAAUAAUUUUGUUGCCUUUUUUAUUCGAUACUUCAUAAUAUGAUAAACCACUAUCGUUUUUGGGAACGCAAUAUUACUACAUUAAAAUUAUAAAUUAGUUUACUAAGGCAAUUGUGUACACAGUUACUGAAUAAUUAGUAAUAAUAAAGUUUUUUUUUUUACUUUUUUUGAAUAAGCUAUUAAAAUCAAAAAUACACAAAAAUGGUUUCUCUUUAAAAAACGUGCAUAUGAGGAUAAAAAUAAAACAAUGAUAAGUAUAUUCAAUGUUUAUUAGAUAUGAAAUGAAACUAAAUUUAAUUGAUUGCAGUUGUUUUAUCAUUCGGAUUUAGUUUUAUCUGAGAAGAAACAAUACUAUGUUUAAAAUUAAUGUAACAUUCAUUGGAUGUAAGUUACUUGCAAUGGACACGUUUUAAGUAUAGACGUUAAUAAUCUUGUAUGAUCGAUAUUAUAUAAAAAUAAAAGAAAUUGAAAAAAAA